CGACCUGGCAACCAUGCGCGGUUGCCACGAUGCGCGCGUUGCUGUCAUUUUCCAUCUUCGUCGCCGGAGAAUGCCUCACGAUGCCUCGAUGACGAUGUCCAAAUCUACGUCCUUUGUAUUGGACGAAGAUCAGUACCGCAAAUGGAAGUACCAGCUACGAGACACCGUCGUCCAGGCCAUGCAGAGCAGCCCGGCUUCGCGCGAAGCGGACGCAAAGUUUGAAGGGUACAGGCUCGCGUCAUCGGACCGACACGCCGCAGUUCGAGUAUUCAAACGCAAAGCGACUCAAAUCAAGCAGCACAAGAGGUCGCCGUUUGUUGAAGUCCUCAGCAUCAGCACGUUCGACACCAUGACCCUCGACGACUUCGCGUACAUUUUCCACAAUGCGUCCCCCGCCGAGCACCGCAACCACAUGGCUAUGAUGUACCCCCACCGAUUUGUCGACGGCGCCAUCCUGAACACGACGCUCUCAUCAUGUGACGAAGACCCGUUCCUGUGGUUUGGCGUCAAAUCCAUCACGAUGCACCUUGACCUGACCGUUGGCAAUCGCUGCGCAACGUACGUCGAAUACUCUGGGACAACCGCCGAUCGCGAAGGCCACAAGGUGCUGUUCGUUGUGCGCGAGUCGUUUUCGGCGUGGAGCCAGUCGCCGCAACACUUCACGUUCAAAGAGUACUUUUUGUUGACGCAGCUGCACGAUUUUCGCGUGGAAGGCGUGCACUACUACCACGCCGACCCCAAGGGCGCGUACCCAUCGUUUCUGUUCAACAAACAUGCUGUCCAGCAUGGCCAAAUCCUCGAGCAUAUGCCCCACUUUUUCCGCCAAAAGUGGUUGCUUGCCCAUCCGCCACAGCGUCCCCACCACACGUCCACAAUACCUGUGGCGUUGUGUGCGUCGUGCAAUGCCAGCAUCAUCAAGGCAAAACCAGCCAAGCGUCACCUCUGCCGCGCGUGCGGUCAUACUGUGUGCACCAAAUGUGUCGUAUGGGCGUCCGAAGCAUCGCCCCACAUCGGUGCUACCAAAGUUGCUGUGUGCAAAAAGUGUUACGUGGCCGCGAGCCAGGUCCUGCCGUACAAGCGACAGCUCCAGUUGCAAUCAAACAUCCGCCUCUUUGACGGCGCGAUGUCAGCCACCGCCACAGUCGCCCCCAACGCCGACGACGACAGCCUCCGGGACAACGUGGCGCAAGACCUCCUACCCGUACCUGCCUUCCGGGAGGUCCCGAGCGCGUCGUCCAGCGACAAGAAAGCCGGCGGCCGCGAGAGCAACUUGACGUGCCGCACCACCGCCCAAAGCGAAGACUACGUCCUGUCGCCGUCGUACGAGCCAAGCAUUGUCUCGUGCGACAGCGACGACGACGAUGACCUCAUGGCAAGCUUCAUUCGAGUCAACCAAGGGCUGGAAGCCCAGAAACAGCUCAUGCACCAAAUGCUGCGCCAGUUUGCCAAAGCUAGGCCAGGAUUUCAUGGUCGCCCAUGAAGAGGUCGUCAAAGGAAUAGAACCCACGUCCAGGCCACCGACGGAUUCCACGUAUUUAAUCCCGAACCAGUAGAACACGAUCGAAGCAAGUUUGGUUGAUCCCUCUCGUCUUUCCACCAUGACGCUGCCAAGUCCAGCAGCGAAACAACACGUCACGAGUUGGAUGGCAAGCAGCGCCCUUCCACGUCCACCGCCGACGCCGGGCGCGACUCGGUGGUUUGUAUGGUGUGACCUGGCAUCACAUGGGGGGCAUUCCUCUGGCCACAGUGGUUUGCCAUGUUGGCAGCAACAACGAAUUCGACAUGAGGGUCGUCGCCGAAACCAGCGGACGUAACGCCGAGAAUUAU